UACUCGCUGUAAAAACAUGGACAUUCAUAAUUAUAUUUUUUUUGUGGUUUUCUCUCUUUUCAGUCCAGUUUUCACAGAUGAAGAUUAUGCACAAGUCACAGCAUGUUGUACUUUCAAGGAUCCAGGUUUUAAAGAUAUAGAAUAUAUCCUAUCAGGCCGUUUUAACAAGAAAUUAAUAGGUCAGUACAACAGCACAAGAGGCAACUGGACAGGAUUCACAGCCGCGUCAAUUGAAUUACUAAAAAGUUGGAACACAGACCCUUUUGACGCAAUGGAGAGAGCAUUUGAAAAGAACAUAUUGUGUGCUAACAACAUAAAAUACAUCCAAAAAUUGGAUAAUAUUACCUCUUUACCCACCAUCAAGCUGAAUUCAGUGAAACACCCAUCAAUGCUUGUGUGCAGUGCCUAUAACUUUUAUCCAAAACAAAUCAGACUGACGUGGUUGCGCAAUGGGCAGGAAGUGACCUCAUCGGUCAGUUUUUCUGAAGUGUUGCCUGAUGGGGACUUCUACUAUCAGAUUCAUUCCUACCUAGAGCCCAUCCCGACUCCAGGAGAACAAAUUACCUGCAUGGUGGAACACUUCACCCUCUCUGAACCAGUGUAUCUGGUCUGGGACCCCUCCCUUCCUGCGCCAGAAAAGAUUAAAAUUGCCGUGGGACUGUCUGGUCUGAUACUUGGUUUUCUUAUGUUGAGCUCUGGAUUCAUCUACUACAAGAAAAAGUCUAAAGCACACAUCAAUCUCUGUCAAGCAUUUUUAACAAGAAGAGUUUUGGUUCCACUGGAAGACGUCCCUGAAGUUGGAGCAAUUUAGCAGUCAGAGCAAACAGUACUAUUGUUGACACAUUUAAUCCAAGAUGGUCUAAAUAUGAAACUUAGUGUGUGUCUCAAGUCAUAGUCACUAUUGGGUGAUGGCUAGGGUGGUGUGUGGUGCUUUUCAGCUUGUGGAUGAAAGCCACUGACUAGUAAACUGCAGUUUGCAGAUAAACAUUGUAUGUUUGCGGCAGGAAGUACUUUACUGUAAUUGUUGUCAUAUAGUAUGUGUAAAGCCUUUGGGACUGGGUGGUGUAAAUUCUGCUUGCAGCCAGUGAAAGCUCGAAUUAGCAAUGCUUGGAGAUGCUUCAAUCGACUACUUUGUUAUGUGAAUGAUUGGGUUGUUGCAGUGGUGUAGUCUAAUGUAUUUUAGCGGGUAUACUGUACUAUAUAAAUAUAUGGAUCAGAAUGGACAUAUCAAAGUGGGGCAUCUGGGUGUCCUCCCCCGGGGAAAC